AUGGCGUGUAGGGGGUUUUUGGAGUGCCUAUUGAAGCUCCUGAACUUUUUGUUGACUCUUGUGGGUCUGGCCAUGGUGGGUUAUGGGAUCUACCUGUUUGUGGAGUACAAAAGUGCAUCUUCUGAUGAUACAACUCCGGCACCAUCAAGUGAGGGGUUUGUGCAGCUUGGUCGGCCCAUACUUAUGGUCUUGUCUCUUUCAAGCAGCAGCAUUUUCGAUAACCUACCCAAAGCUUGCUUCUUUUCUGCCUCCUCUUCUCUGGUGAUGAUUGGAUUCCUUAAAGCAAUGCAGUAUUCAGUAUUGGUAAUCUUAUUGAUCUUGGUGGAACUGGGAUGUGCAGCUUUUAUAUUCUUUGACAAAAGCUGGAAAGACGAUAUUCCAACUGACAAAACUGGGGACUUUGAUAUGCUAUAUGAAUUUCUGGAUGAUAACUGGGAAAUUGUCAGAUGGGUUGCUCUUGGGGCUGUUAUUCUGGAGGCCCUGGUGUUCUUGUUAGCUCUUUUGGUAAGGGCUGCUAAUAGGCCAGCAGAGUAUGACAGUGAUGAUGAGUAUAUAGCUGGCCCAAGGCAACAAAUUCAGCAGCCAUUGAUCAACAGCAGAUCUGCAGUUCCAGCCGCAAGUGUACCUGUUGCUGGUACCCUUGAUAAUCGUCCCGGCAGAAAUGAUGCUUGGAGUACGCGAAUGAGGGAAAAGUAUGGGCUUGAUACUUCCAAGUUCACAUACAACCAGCAAACUGCCACACAGCCAGCCGAGGAAAGGAGUCGGUGCACCAUCAUGUGA